GGCUUCGGGUUCUCGCUAUCGCCGGUUGUAGAGUGACCCGAGGUCCCGAGCGCACUCUUCGGAAUCUUCCAAAUUGAAACUCUUUAACACUCUUCAAUAUUGAACAAUGUCAGACCAUCCAGUCGUCGAAUGGACUUCCAAGGCUUCAUGGGCUAUGGUAGAGGACAAGUUUUCGCCAUACGCGAAAGAAACAUUGGCGAGACUUAUCAAGUUCAUGGAAGAUGACAUUCUUCCUGCAAUCAGGGUUGCACAUGCUCAAUUACCUGAUGAUCCUAAUACGAGGUGGAAGACCGUCAUACCUAUCAUCGAAGAGCUGAAAGUCAAGGCGAAGAAGCUGGGCUUGUGGAAUCUAUUCUUAAGCAAAGCACACUAUCCGGAAUUCGGAGUACCUCUCACUAACUUGGAGUACGCGGUUAUGGCCGAAAUUCUGGGUAGAGGAGGUCAUUUUGCUCCCCAGGCGGUCAAUUGCUCUGCUCCAGAUACCGGUAACAUGGAGGUGUUGGCAAGGUACGCUAAUCGAGAACAACAGCAGAAGUGGCUCAUACCGCUGUUGAAUGGAGAGAUUCGUUCGGCCUUUGCGAUGACUGAGAAGCAUGUUGCGUCUUCGGAUGCUACAAACAUCCGGACAUCAUUGAGAAGAGAAGGAGAUGAGAUUGUGAUCAAUGGACACAAGUGGUGGAUUUCUGGCGCUGGCGAUCCUCGCUGUAAAGUUCAUCUGGUACUCGGAAAGAGCGACCCAGGAAACAAAAGCGCGUAUCACCAACAAAGUAUUGUCCUUGUUCCCGCAGAUACACCCGGUGUGAAAAUUAUCAGACCCAUGAAAGUUUUCGGGUAUGAUGACGCGCCGGAAGGUCACUGCGAAAUUAUCUAUGAUAACGUCCGAGUCCCAAUGAGCAACCUUGUGUUAGGCUGGGGCAAAGGAUUUGAGAUUAUUCAAGGUCGGCUUGGUCCUGGUCGUAUUCACCAUUGCAUGCGAUCAAUCGGUGCUGCGCAGAAUGCCUUAGACACCAUGUUGCAACGUGUUACAGAUCCCGCGAAGAAGACAUUUGGGAAGUUCCUCUACGAACAUGGCACCGUGGUCGCGGACAUUGCGAAGUCCAGAGCAGAAAUUGAAGGCGCGCGUUUGCUUGUGCUAAGUGCUGCGUUGCAAAUUGACAGAGUCAAAGCGAAAGGUGCAUUGAAGGAAAUUGGAAUAGCCAAAUUUGUCGUUCCCAGCAUGGCGCUUGAAGUGAUUGAUCGAGCGAUGCAGUCGUUUGGUGCGGAAGGCCUCUCGCAAGAUCAGGAGCUUGCGUCAGCAUGGGCUGGGUUGAGAACGCUCAGAAUCGCUGACGGACCUGAUGCAGUGCACAUUCAGCAAGUUGGGCUAAAAGAACUGAAACGGGCACCGGCACUCGUACAGAAGAGUGUAGAAAUUAAGAAGAAACAGGCGUUACUAAUGGAAAAAGCCGGUCUUAAAGCGCAUCUUUAAGUAGAAGAAUAAGAGGUGGAGGAAAUGCAUUACAAGGUUUUUUCGAAUAUUUCUGUCUAUUUCUGUACUUUAUUACUUCUACAUCACCUUGCUUUGUGAAGGUCCUUGCACUCUUGUUUACCUUCCUUCUCCCUCUUUUAAUUUCUACAACAUGUAAAUCUAGUAACCCAUUGGCAAGCAGGGGGGCAGUCAAUACUAAAGUAUUUAACUGUAUGCUUGACUCUGCAUUAACAAACAAAAAGUGGCUGUGCAAU